GGCCUUGGAGGCGGCUUCGGCGGGGGUCUUGGCGGUGGCCUGGGCGGUGGUCUGGGCGGUGGCGCCGGCGGCGGUGGUGCGCAGGUGGUAGUGAACACGUCCCUGUGCCAUACACCGUCGUGCGUCAAGUGCCUGUGCCACAGUGCCUCAGCCGUACACCGUCACUGUAAACCGUCCGCCGUGCCAGUGCCCCAGCAAGUGGCCCCCUACCCCGUGGUGGUGCCCCGGCCCGCCAGUUCCUGUACCUGU